AUGGAUCUGAUUUCAUUGAAAUUUCUGAAAAAGGAGCAAACAACAGUAGAAUCAACAACCUCUGAUAACACUCGCUCUUCCAUCCGCCGCGGACCCCAAGAUCAUGAUCGUCUCGCUUCCCAGGCGCAGUUCUCUGGAGACGGAAAUAUAGAUGAAAUGGCUAUUGCCAGGCUCCUGACGAUCGGUGGGGAAAAGGAGAUACAUCCUUAUAUAAGGCCUGGUCUGUGCACGAUCAUAUUAGGAAUUUCGGUCUUUAUUCUGACCCCUGCCGUCUCAACUCUUUUGAACAAGUCGAUCAGAAGCUACUGCCCAGAGCCAGAGAGCGAAUUUGUCGACGAAGAAUGCGAAUAUGUCUCUCAAAAACUCCGUCUUGGUGUCAAAGUGCUUUCAUACGUCGGCUGGUCGCUUUUUGGGCUUGGUCUUGGCAUGACGAUUCUCUCCGCCUGUCAGCUUAUUCGAAACUCGGCGGAAUUUAGAGAAUCAAUACGGAACGAGUACAUUGAGUCGCUGAAAGAAUCCAACAGAUACAGGCUUGAGAGGGCCUCUUCUACAGGAGUUAUGGUCUCAUCCCUUUAA